CUGGGCAUGGAGGGCGCGGCGGGCGACCCGUACCGGCGACCCGCGCGGCGCACGCAGUGGCUGCUAAGCGCCUUGGCUCACCAUUACGGGCUAGACCGCGGCGUGGAGAACGAGAUCGUGGUGCUGGCUACCGGUCUGGACCAGUAUCUGCAGGAAGUCUUCCAUCAUCUGGACUGCCGGGGUGCGGGUCGCCUGCCGCGCGCCGACUUCCGCGCGCUCUGCGCCGUACUGGGUCUGAACGCCGACGGGGAGGCGACCACCGAGGACGCAAACCCCUCGGAGGUGGCCGCUAAGAACCCCGCUGCUGGAACAGUAGCUGGCAGGGACGCGGACGUCAGAGAAGAGGCGCGCCUGGCUCUGCGCGCCGAGCCUCCUGAACUCACUUUCCGCCAGUUCCACGCACGCCUCUGCGGCUACUUCAGUACCCGAGCGGGGCCCCGGCUGCCCCGAGGAGCUCUCAGCGAGCAUAUCGAGACGCAGAUCCGCCUCCGCCGUCCGCGUCGCCGCCGCCGGCGGCCUGGCUCACCGAGCCUGCAGGGCGGCACCGAUGGAGAGCGUGUGACACAUCUAGAGGAGGAAAACAGCAGCCUACGCGAGCUGGUGGAGGACCUCCGUGCGGCGCUGCAGAGCAGUGACGCGCGUUGCCUGGCCCUGCAGGUAGGCCUCUGGAAGAGCCAAUCGGACAUCCCGGAAGCGGCAGCGCACAAGCUGCAGCAAGCACAGGGAGCGCUGGCGGAGGCAGAGGCUCGUGCCCGGCGGCUGCAGCGCGGACAGGUGGAGGUGCGGCUGCGCACGGAGGAGGCCCGGCAGGCGGUGCGGAGCAGCCUGCACCGAGUGCGGGAGUUGGAGGCGCUGGCGGGGCGCGUUCCCCGCUUGCAGCGCCAGGUGCAGCGACUGGAGGCGGAGCUUAGACGUUACAGGUCAGAGGGACCUCAGCUCCUAAACACCGUACAAGCCAGUGUACAGCCAGAAAACAAGAACGUUGAACCUAAGGCUAGAGGAACCAGAGGUGUGGACACCACUUCAGAGGUAGCCCAGCAGUCGGACACCAGCUUAAGGAGCAGAGACACAGAUGAAGAGGAUGAGCAGCUGUUCCGCUCCGUGGAAGGCCAGGCCGCCUCUGAGGAGGAGGAAGAAAGGUUGCAGGAAAAGUCAAGGCCCCCACAGGCCCAUGUUGAGGUAUCUCUGCUGCAGCCCUCAGACUGUAUGAGUAGGUGUGAUGGGCAGACAGCUGAGACGCUCAAGACUUCCUUUGGCCACUGUGAUGGUGCUGACCACAUCUGCACCUUAGAGCUGGAGAACCAUGUCACCAGGCUUGGGGAUCAGCUGCAGACCCUGGGCUGCAGCGGAAAGACCCUGGGGACACCGGAGAAGGAGGCAGAACUGCAGCGGAUGGUGGAGACGGAGCAUCUGAGGCUGGAGCUGCAGAUGGUGGAGACAGAGCGGGUACGACUGUCGCUGCUGGAAGAGAAGCUGGUGGACGUGCUGCAACUCCUGCAGAGGCUCCGGGACCUGAACAUAUCAAAAAGAGCCCUGGGGAAGAUUUUGCUGAACGCCCUGGACCGGAAUCCCUCACAGGAGGGUACACGUGGCACCUUGGCCAUCCUGGACGCCUUGCACCAAGCCUUGGUUGGCUGUGAGCUCCUGCAGAGAAAUCCCUCAGCACCAGCAGCCACAGCUCCUACACACACAAACCCCUUCCUCAUCUCCUGCUGAGCUCACUGACCCAGCCAUGGGCCACCAUGGUCUUUCUAUCCAUCAUCAGACCAGCCUUGACCACAACCAGACUUGCCUCCUUGGUGAACCUGACCACCAUGGGACUUGCAUUGGCAGUCGCUGGACCAACCUUCACAGCCAAACUGACUGCCAUCACAGGAGCCUUCUCAGUCAUCCUGAGCACCAUCAGCCCAGCCUCCCUGGUCAGCCGUCCACUGCUAGGCUGUCUUCCACCGUCUGAACACCCUCCACAAAAGGUUGGACUGUUAUCACUUCCUCAGAACUCUGCAGCCAAGGCCCCUUCCAAAACUGGGUGUGUCUGGCAGCUACUCCUUCCUUGGGCCUCUCACAUUCUCCCAGAACCCCCACAUUGAAACCUUGCAGUUGCUAGAUCAGCCUGUACCUGAGGCUGUUGCCCUUAUGCUGAGCACAGUACACGGUACAUUCCAGAAUCUCUGCCCUGCUUGCUCCAGCUGACUGACCUGUGUUAUUUGGCCUGCUCAAGAAGGACCAGUUCUGCACCCCGAUCAGGCUAUAUGUGUGCUAGAACUUAGUGUGGACAAAUGUGCAAGGAAAAACUCCAGGGGACCAGGCAAAGAGGAACCCACACUUUGGCAAGUCUAACUUUGUGAGCUCUGCUAUGACCUCACAGGAAAGAUAGAAGAGCUUCUGGGAGGAAGAGGCAAUUGACCAGUGUGGAAUAUAACUAGUGCAUCCCGGGUUUUAUUUUGCUGUUUUUCUGCUGCCAGGGAUGUCCCAGCACUGCCAGAGCUCCCCCGCCAAGCACACCCUGACCUCACUCUGCUCUUUUCAACAAGCUGCCUUUCCACUGGAGCGUGACAGGCACAGGUUUCAUUAAAGCCUUGACUAACCUAGAGAAGGAACAUUCCCGCAGCCGGAUCCCCAGAGCUGGCCUGUCCCAGCCAAGGGAGAGGAAACCAAAGACAAGUUCAGGCCCACCGAAACAGCCGUGAUCACAGGGUCUAUAUUCAGUUCUGUUGUCUUACAGUCUUUGAGGAGGAUCUCCCUGUGUUGCUUAGGCUGGUCUCAGACUCCUGGGUUCAAGCAAUCCCUCCUGCCUCCCAGGUAUCUGGGACAAUAGGCUAUAGUAGCACACCCAGCUAGCUAAUCUUGACAUGACAGAACACCUACCCCCCACUGUGGGGCGUUUACCCAACCACCCCCCACAGUUCCCCAGAGUUUUCUUGAGUGCGAGCAGCAGGAAAUAUUAGAUAGAAGGAUUUAUUGCGGAGAAUAUCGCGGAGAUAAACAGAUAGAAAAUAAAGGAUAGCCUCGAGAGGGCCUGGAACCUAUUCCAACCGGCCCUGACUGUCUUUGCCCCAGGGUUUUUAUAGAGACACCAAGGGGUGGAGCAAAAGACCUCCUCCCCCAGCACAGCCAAGUGCAGACCAUCCCAGACACCUGCACUUAGGCCCGUGGUUUAAUUAUCCUCUAUGCGGACCUGCUGGGUAAAGGCACGAGGAACCCGAGAACGGGCUCCCACACCCCACCACAUAUACACACUUUUGAUUACGACGUCACUAAAGGCUCAGCUCCUGGAAUUCCUCACCCAACACAUGGAGUUAGCCUUUAGCAGAAGACGAUCAAACUGAAGAGACAGUCAUCCAUGGUUGUAUCAGCAAGUCAGGAAGCAUCAGACCAGGAAUUUGAAACAACUGGUUACCCGGCAGCUCUAAUGGAGGAGGCCAGCAACAUGCGAGACCAGGUGAGUAACAUGCGGAGGAUGCAUGUUCCAUGGAAGAGUCAGGAAUUGCUAGGAAUCCUACCAACUGAGCAGAGUGAAGAGCACUCGGUAGGCUCAGAGACAACUGCACAGGAUGAGGAAAGACUCCCAGCGCCUAAGGAUAAGUCCUACCAACUUCUAAAGAUGAACACCAGGGAUGAAAAGACUAGGAACAGGGAACAGAAAAUGUGAGAACUGUUGGGCAACUACGACAUGUAUUUAAAAGUGGGGGGGACACAGACAACAGUCCAAACAAUAUUGACUUUGAAUUUCCCAAAAUUCCAGUCAGACGCCAAAGCACAGAGCCAGAAGACUCACAAAGCCCAAGCAGAAUACAUGCAAAACAAACAAUAAAAACGGCAUCGGAGCCAGGCAUGGUGAUGCACACCUGUAAUCCCAUCACUCCGGAGGCUGAGGCAGGAGGAUCAGGAGUUUACAGCCAGCCCAAGCUGGACAGUGAGAGCCUGUCUCAAAAUGACAACAGGGAGGAAAAAGAGUGAAACGCUGAGGGGGGAGGAAACUAGUAUUCGUUGUGUCUUGUAAAAUUACCCUUGAGAUGGACGGAGUGAAGAUUCUCCGGCAAAACUCAUUACAGCUUUCCAGAAAUAAAGGAAGUUCUUUAGAGAGAAGGGGGAUUGUACAGACCAAAAAUUUGGGUUUAUGUAAAGAAAGAAAAAGCACAAAAGAAAGAAUAAGUCAAGGUAGAAAAACAAUCCUUUAUUUCUCUUAUUUUUUUCUUACCUACCAGACAACAGUUUGUCCAAGUUCUGGAGACAAUGCAUGCAUUACAUUCAGCUUUUGUGAGUGAAAUGCCCAGCACAGACUCCAGGGCAGAGAAGGAACUAGAAAUGCUUUGCUACUGUGGAGCCUGGGAAGGAAGCAUUACUGCCCAUCAAACAGUCUGGUUAUUGAAAGUGGACUUGAAUUAGUGUAGAUGGGUGUUGUGAGUGUUAGGAUAAACACUAGGAAAAGAAGGGGGCAGGGAUACACUAGGACAAGAGAGAAAGUGACACUACAUAAGAUACUUAAUCAAGACCACAAAUGCAAACUAGGAGCCGAAGACAGAGCAAAAGUGGUUAAACGUGAGCAGUCAUGGAAGACAUCACCCGUGUCAGCAGCACCCCCAAAUAUUAGUGGUCCCAUUACAACAACCAAAUGUAGGGAUUCUCAGACCAAACGACAUGCUGUCUGCAAGAAUCCACUUUAGGAGGCUGGAGAGAUGGCUCAGCAGAUAGGAGCACUUAUUGGUCUUGAAGAAGACCCGGGUUCAAUUCCCAGCACCCACAUAGCCACUCUCAACCUCCUAUAACUCCUGUUCCAAAUGAUCCGAUGACCCUCUUUUGACUCUGUGGGUGCGUGUGGUACACAAACAUACAGUCAGGCAUGUACACAUAAAAAAUAAACUUAAAAGAAAUCCGCUGUAGACAUAGACACAUGUGGGUUAAAGUGAAGGGUGAAAGAAAUUACUCCUGUGCCAACCGUAAUCAGAAGAAAGCCUAACUCACUAUAUUCAUUUCAGACAGAGCAGACUUCAAGGCAAGGAAAAGCAUCAGGAAUGAAAGGGGGCAUCACAUGCUGUCCAAGGGGUCAGCUCACUAAGAAAAUAAUGCCUAGCAACACCCCAAACUACCCGAGACAAAAAUUAAUACAAAACCAGGCAUAGUGAUGCACACCUUUAAUUACAGCACUCAGGAGGCAGAGGCAGACAGAUCUCUGAGUUUUAGGCCAGCCUGGGCUACAUAGACCUUGUCUCAAAAUAUAUAUAUUAAUAGAAGUUCAAGAAACAGACGGGUCCACUGUUGUAGCUGGUCAACGUACUUCUAUAAGACAUGGACACAUCCAGCGGGUGUGACAUUAGUAAAGCUGAACACACCAGAACCAUCAACCAAAUGGAUCCAAUGGACACAGACUACUCAUCCCACAAUGGCACAAAUGCAUUCUCUCCAAGCUCGGGCAGCGGUCUCCACAUUCUGGCCACAAACACUCUCACUAAUUAAAUUAUGGAAGCCAUGCAAUUCUCUCAAGAGGCAGCAAAAUUAAACUUGCAACAGGAAGACAGCUUGGAAAUCCAUAAAUUCUUAGAGAUUGAAUAACGUAUUUCUGCCGGGUGAUGGUGGCACACGCCUGUAAUCCCAGCACUCGGGAGGCAGAGGCAGGUGGAUCUCUGUGAAUUCUAUAGAGCGAGAUCCAGGACAGGCUCCAAAGCUACAGAGAAACCCUGUCUUGAAAAACCAAAAAAAAAAAAAAAAAAAAAAGAAUAACGUAUUUCUACAUUAAAUACAUAUCAAAGAAGAAUUCUCUAGAGUAAUUUUAAAGCACUUUUAGUGAAAUGAAGAAAUAAAUACCCCAUCAGAAUAUACGGGACACAAUGAAAGCAAUGCUUCGAGGGAAACGCACAGCGUGGGGAUGGAUUUAUUGCCAAAAUGGAAGGUCCAAAAUCAGUAUUCUUCCACCUCAGGAAGCUAUAAAAUGAAAAGCAAAUUGUAAGACCAACUUGACCAGUAUAUCCCAAAUUGUUCUAUAGAACCAAUCCAAAGUAUACCGAUGAAAAGAAUAAAAAUUAGAGGAGAAAUCAGACUCAAAAUAGGAAAUCAGAAGAGAAAAAUCAACAAAGCCAAAGAUGGUUGUUGGAAAGAUAAUGAAAGUGGUUAAUAAAAACUUCUUGCAGGGGCUAGAGAGAUGGCUCAGCAGUUAGGAGCACUGACUGCUCUUCCAGAGGACCCAGGUUCAAUUCCAACACUUACAUGGUAGCUCACAACUGUCUCUAAUGCCAGUUCCAGGGGAUCUGACACCAAUGCACAUUAAAUAAAUUAUUAUUUAAAAACCUUUAAAAUAUUUAUUUUAAAAAAGCUUCUGGCCAGGCUAAUCAAAGAAUAAAACAGACACAACUUACUAAUACCAGCGAUGAAAGAGGAAUGUCAUUACAGGACAGAUCUCAACAGCACGAAAGGAUUUUAGAUGCGACUGUGAAUAAGCCUUGUGAGCUAAUGAAAGGGACCGAUUCCUUGAAAAACACAUAAGAGCCACACAUGAAGAAACAGACAAUCUGAUAUGUAUUAGCUAAUAUAAUUAAUAAUUAACAAAACAGGAAAAUAACAGGCCCAGGACAGGUUCUCCAGUACAUUCUACUGCCGAACUGUAAGAAAAGGGCUGUACGAAUCAUCCAGUCUCUUCCAGGAAACAGAAGCAGGCCUUCUUUGCAGCCCCUUCUGUAAGGCCAGGGUUGCCAUCAUGCCAAGCAAAUAUCUCAAACAAAAAAGACAGAGCGAAAUGCCUCAUAUGUACAGGUACAAAAAUCUUCAGCAAAAUAUGAGCAAGUCAUAGACAACAGUGUGAGCUAUUUGCCCUGGUUCAAUCUCCAUCACACACACACACACACACACACACACACACACACACACACACACACACACACAAAAGAAUUGCUCACCUUAUCCCAGUGGAACUGACACACUGUCGUAUGGGAAGGAGGCUGGAGACCGUGGCCUCUUCAGUGUCCUUACAGAGAGUGGGGCUGAUACUCAGUACUUCUUGAGCCUUCAGAGCCUUGCUGGCUUACAGCCUGCCACCUUUUUCCCUCAUCCAGUGUGCAGACCACCUUGAACAUGGAUGGGACCUGAACACAUGCCUAAUGCUCCUGGCCAAGUACAAAGUCCAGGGGCAAGAUGACCCCAGAAGAUCGUGGGAUUCCAGGGAUACAGACCUGGGUCAGGGCCAGCGCAUCGGCUGUGAGUGGCAGCAAACAAUGUGCUUUGCCUUACAUCCACACCUCUAUGACAAGGACUCUACCCACUUCACACAGCUCAACAGCAGAGCCCAGCACGCAUGACCAAGGGCCAGACUGCACUCACUUGGGCAUCCCAAGGACCUUUACAGAGCUCAGGGUCCGAGACACCCUGACAGGGAAGCAUAAAGAAAGGUGCUUCAUGGGGAGAUACACAUUGUGCCCACGGAGCUUAUGGUUGAGGCCACAUCUCCGGAGAACAGCUGUCAUGGAAACCUCAAUGUCUUCUUGAGUCAAAAACAGUAUAUGUGAAUGAUUCCACUCAAACAGAAACUCCCCAACACUUGAACCCAAAAAUUGAUUUAAAAAAAAAAAAAAGGUUAGU